UAAGACAGAACUUGUUGAUUUCAAUUGACAGUGAUCCAAAGAUUGGCUAAAAUGAGAGACGCCACAUUCGAUUCAAUUAUGGAACAUUUGAUCUUUUUGAGGAAUCCUGAUGCAACUGCGGGAAACAAUGAAAUAAAACAGACAAACUGGAGAUCGAGAAGGCUAUUCAAGAACUUUCCUCAGAGAAAACUCUACCAUCCCACAGUGCAGAGAACAUCAUUCAGGCCAAGUUCUGAAGAGUUGAGUCAAUGGGCACAGUCUCUAGACAAUUUGCUGAGCAGUAAAUCUGGGAUUACUGCUUUUCAAGUCUUUAUGAAGUCUGAAUACUGUGAGGAGAACAUCGAGUUUUGGGUGGCCUGUGAAGAGUUUCGACAGAUCAAGUCCAGAUCGAAGCGCAGAUCCAGGGCAAAACAAAUACAUGAAGAAUUUGUCAGAGACGAUUCUCCGAAGCAGAUUAACUUGGACCACCAAACAAAGGAGUCUGUCCUCCAAUGCCUUCUAUUCCCAACAAAAUCCAGUUUCAAAGCAGCACAAGCCAGGGUUUACUUCCUGAUGGAGAACAACUCGUACCCUCGGUUUCUGGAGUCUGAAUUCUACCAUGAACUAUGUAAAUUUGCUGAAGGAGAUCGAUAAUCUUAUCUUUAGAGAGUCUUUAUAUUACAACUUUAAAAAACUGUUAGUUUGAGAGUAUGGGGUGGUGGUGGUUUUAUUCAGUGGUUGCACUGAAUCAUCAUCAUCUCAAUUGAUUUAUUUAUUGCAUAUUUUGCACAGAUUUGCACACAGGUGUAUUGAAGUGUAAAUAACAUAAAUUGUAAUUUUUAUGAUUGAGUGGUCAAUCAAAUUGGAUGUGUGGUCAAACAAUGACAUGUUGGUUCUGAAGUUGCAUGUGGUAGUUGUAUACCACUGGCUCAACAACGUACAAGAAGUUUUGUAUAAUUUCUUUUUCUAAAGAGCAUUUUCUGACAAAUACAUUUUUAUGAAAACA